UGGAGCGCUGCGUUGGCUGCGUCAGUCUGUUGCAUUUAGGCUUAUUGAGGUAGGACUUUGUGGUGAAUGGUCUGUGCUCAGUGGUGUAGUCUUUCAAAUUUCCGUUGUUCUACUGCACAUACACGUUCGAUUUGUGGCACCCCGUACAAAGCACGCCCUUUAUUUUCUACUUGUAUUGUUUCUACAUCAUUAUCUUGUCCUUGGAUAGUGUAACAACAAACGGUUGUGUGCUCAGUGUGAUUUUUCCCUGCCUGCCCGAGACCAUCUCAUCAUCCCAGGCUCUGCGGAGCUCUUACAUGGGACGACAGCGUGGCGCAACGGAUAUGUGAAUCUCAUCGCUGAUUUUCGUCUCCCCAUUCAUUGGGGCUGCGACCAAGACUCAAACGUCUCCCAUUUGUGAUAUACCCGAGGAAUAAAAUUCGGUUUCGCGGUCAAGAUGGCGGACGCAGAUCCCGAAACACUUUUGGAAUGGCUAAACAUGGGUCAAGGCGACGAAAGGGAUAUGCAGCUGAUUGCAUUGGAGCAACUUUGUAUGCUGCUUUUGAUGUCCGACAACGUCGACCGAUGCUUCGAGAGCUGUCCACCAAGAACGUUCCUUCCGGCACUGUGCCGAAUAUUCCUGGACGAAGCGGCCCCGGACAAUGUCCUGGAGGUGACGGCCCGAGCCAUCACCUACUACUUGGACGUCUCCGCGGAGUGCACCCGUCGCAUUGUCGCCGUCGAUGGUGCCGUGAAGGCCAUGUGCAACCGGCUGCUGGUUGCCGAUGUGUCGUCGCGUACCAGCAAGGACCUCGCUGAACAGUGUGUGAAGGUUCUGGAGCUGGUGUGCACUCGGGAAGCUGGUGCAGUGUUUGAAGCAGGUGGCCUGCAGUGCGUGUUAGCCUUCAUCAGGGACAAGGGGUCACUGGUACACAGGGACACACUCCAUUCAGCUAUGGCCGUCGUCUCUAGGCUCUGCGGAAAGAUGGAUGCGCAAGAUCCAGCCUUACCGUCGUGUGUAGAAGCGCUCUCGCUGCUCCUUCGGCACGAAGACACUCACGUGUCUGACGGUGCCCUACGUUGCUUUGCCUCCCUGGCGGAUCGUUUCACCAGGCGAGGCCUGGACCCCGCUCCGCUGGCGGAGCACGGACUAGUUCACCAGCUCUUAGGUCGCAUGGCAGCAGUUGCUACAAUCACCCCGGGCGGAUCUCAAGGUGUCGGAGCCGGCGGAAGUUCCGGCGGGGGUGGUGGAAGCGGACCGCUUGCCACUCCAGCUCCGGAGCCAAAGUCAUCGCCGACUGUGUCCACAAUCAUUAGCUUGUUGUCAACACUGUGUCGUGGAUCACCCGCCAUCACGCACGACCUGCUUAGAUCUGAACUCCCGGAUGCUAUAGAAUCUGUUCUUCAAGGAGACGAAAGGUGCGUGUUGGACACAAUGCGUCUGGUGGACCUUCUCCUAGUCCUGCUUCUGGAGGGGCGCAAGGCUCUGCCCAAGGCAGGGGCAGGGACUGCAUCUGCACGCUUGGCUUCCCUGAGGAGGACGGACGGGACCAGCGGGGAGCGCACCCACCGUCAACUCAUCGACUGCAUACGCAGUAAAGACACGGACGCCCUCAUAGACGCCAUUGAUUCUGGAGGCAUCGAGGUGAACUUCAUGGACGACGUGGGGCAGACGUUGCUCAACUGGGCGUCUGCGUUUGGCACUCAGGAGAUGGUGGAAUUUCUCUGCGAUCGUGGGGCAGACGUGAACAAGGGCCAGCGUUCGUCUUCGUUGCACUAUGCUGCGUGUUUCGGUCGUCCCGGAGUAGCCAAGGUGCUGCUGAGGCACGGAGCGAACCCAGACCUGCGAGACGAAGACGGAAAGACCCCACUCGACAAAGCGAGGGAACGCAACGAUGAAGGGCACCGAGAGGUGGCGGCCAUCUUGCAGUCUCCGGGAGAGUGGAUGUGCCCCGUGGGCGAGGGCUCCGCGGGAGAACGCAGAGGAGGCGCGGGGGGACAGGACGGCGCGGAAGAGGAGAAUGCGGAGCCCAAGGGCGACCCAGAGAUGGCGCCGGCGUACCUUCGCCGUCUGCUGCCGGUCUUCUGCCUCACGUUUCAGCACACGUUAAUUAGAUCUGUUAGGAAGUCAAGUUUAAACCUGAUCCGCAAGAUGGUUCAUUACAUCCAGCCGACCCUCUUGGCGGACAUGUCUGAGUCUGAAAGUGGAGUUCCGAACUUCGCUUCUCUACUUGUAGAAGUUCUAGCAAACAUCCUCGACUCUGAAGAAGACGAAGACAGCCUGUUAGUAGCCCUUCAGAUGAUUCAAGACGUCAUGAGCAAGGGACCCAACAUUUUCUUAGAACACUUCGCCCGUCUCGGAGUCUUCAGCAAGGUCCAGGCGUUGGCUGGACCUCAGGAACCACCCGAAGAAAGUGCAGCAUCUGGACCGUCUCAGCGGGCCAAAGAGGAUGGUGGAGAGGAUGAAGAACAACCCCCACAGCAACAGCAGGAAGAUGCCAAAGAAAUAGUGGCAGGCCGUGCCUAUCACUGGCGAGACUGGAGUAUGGUGCGAGGCCGAGACUGCCUCUAUCUCUGGAGCGAGGCAGCUGCCCUGGAGCUCUCCAACGGUUCCAAUGGCUGGUUCCGGUUCAUACUCGAUGGCAAGCUGGCCACCAUGUACUCCAGCGGGUCCCCAGAGGGCGGCUCGGACAGUUCGGAAAACCGGGGGGAAUUCUUGGAGAAGUUGCAGCGAGCACGUGCGCAGGUGAAACCUCACACCGCCAGCCAACCCAUCCUCUCGACCCCCGGUCCCACGCGGCUGGUCGUGGGCAACUGGGCGAUAUCCUGCCGCCGAGAAGGAGAGCUGUCCAUCCACAACUCCGACGGGCAGCAGCAGGUGACCGUGCUCCGAGAGGACCUCCCCGGAUUCGUGUUCGAGUCCAACCGCGGCACCCGUCAUUCGUUUACGGCCGAGACCCUGCUCGGCCCGGAGUUCGCCGCCGGCGGAUGGGCGGGACGAAGGGGCCGCAGGUUGAGGUCCAAGACGGAGGCACUCAAGCAAAAGGUGCGACUUCAGGCGAGGGAAAUCUACAACGCCCACUUCCGCAGCGCCCAGGCCCAGCCCCGUGUCGUCGUGACACGCCUCUGCAAGAUCGUGGAGCAUCUGGACCGCGCCUGUCAGCGUCAGGUCUCCUGCUGGCAGGAGCCUCAAGGUGGCGACUGGAGUCGCCAGCUGCGGGGAGCGCUGCAGGAGCUGGUGCAGCUACUGCAGGACGAACGAGCGGUGUCUGCCUACGAGCUGCACAGCAGUGGUCUCGUCCAGGCCCUUCUGCGGCUGCUGAGUAAGACGGGUUUGGAGGGCAAUGGGCACAUGUCCUGGAAAGCCAAUAAGCUGUUGAAAGACCGAGUGAACGUCUUCAAGAACUGCUUUCACGAGAAACCUUACGGAUCGGACACUCGCUCCCCAUUUGCGACGUUGCUUAGGAAACUAGUCAUGGUACUGGAGUCGAUAGAACGGCUUCCCGUCCACCUUUACGAUACUCCCGGUUCCGGAUACGGACUGCAGGUGCGCUAUUUCUCUGGCGUACUCCAAAGCACGAUCCUGACGCGGCGUCUACGGUUCCGUCUGGAACGGGCCUCCGGCGAGACGACCCUCAUCGACCGCACGGGGAGGGGGCUCAAAAUGGAACCUCUAACGACCGUUGGUCAACUGGAGAGGUACCUGGUCAAGAUGGUAGCAAAGCAAUGGUAUGACUACGAUCGCUCGACGUUCAGCUUUGUCAAGAAGUUGAAGGAGCCUGGCGCUCGUCUUGCCUGCACUCACGUCAGGGACUUUGAUGAAAAUGGGCUCAUCUAUUGGAUUGGCACCAAUGGGAAAACGGCAGCAGAGUGGGUAAAUCCGGCCCAGGUCGGCUUGGUGGUGGUGUCGUCCUCGGAAGGUCGUAACCUGCCCUACGGCCACCUAGAGGACAUUUUGAGCAGAGAUACAUCCGCCCUCAACUGCCACACCAACGAUGACAAGCAAGCUUGGUUCUCGAUAGAUCUGGGAGUGUGGAUCAUCCCAAGUUGCUACACGCUGCGGCAUGCCAGGGGAUAUGGACGGUCUGCUUUGCGCAACUGGCAGUUCCAAGUGUCCAAAGACGGGGUGACGUGGCAGACGCUGUGGUCGCAUCAGGACGACUGCGCCCUCAACGAACCGGGUUCCACGGCGUCCUGGUACCUCCCCACGACGGAUGAGACUCAGGGUUGGCGUCACGUGCGCCUCCAGCAAACCGGAAAGAACGCCUCUGGCCAGACGCACUACCUCUCUCUCUCGGGAUUCGAGAUCUACGGUGUCGUCACGGGAGUCUGCGACGACUUGGGCAAGGCAGCCAAGGAAGCAGAGGCAAAUGUCCGUCGACAGCGCCGCCAAAUAAAGCAAAUGUUGAAGCUGAUGGUCGGCGGUGCGCGGGUCGUGCGAGGUCCCGAUUGGAAGUGGAGGGAUCAGGACGGCAAUCCAUCGGGCGAAGGCACUGUGACCGGAGAGCUGCAUAACGGAUGGAUUGACGUGACUUGGGACCACGGAGGAUCCAAUUCGUACCGCAUGGGAGCGGAAGGAAAAUACGACUUGAAGCUUGCUCCGGGAUACGACCCGGAAUGCACAGCCGCGAGCACUUCGAAACCGGUGACUGCCAGCGGCUCCACACCGGCUACGACGGCGAGCACCGCAAAGUCAGCGAAGACAGUGACGACGGACACGGCGUCUGCAAGGGGCAGCCUCCCAACGGUCAGUUUCUGCCUGCCGAGUCGAAAGAGUUCGUCUGCUUCCAGCUUGGUAGCAGAACAGCCGCAGGCGACGACGGAUCAGCCGUCUGCAGUGUCCGCGGAGAAUCUCACCUCAGUCAGGGCCGCCGAAACCGUUGCGGAGAACAUGCUGAUCCGCGCACGUGCUGAGGCAACCUUGGCGUCGACUCAGGAGCUCAACGAGGGGCCGUCUGCGCCGCCCGUCUCCCGCCCGUCUCGGGAGUUGAACAGCCUCUCCCCAACACGCGAAGAUCCGGAAACGGAGGAUGCCGCGACGGCCAUGACCAGCGGUUCCGGUGGCGGAACAAAGUCGACCAGCAAAGCGACUUCGCUGGAGCCAGGCAGGACGACAUCGACGAACAGCAUGAGCGUCUCCGUCCCAAACCUGUCGCUCGGAUCGGCAAACGUGAACGAAUCCGCCGUCAGCCUCCUCGAGACGUUUGCAGCCGUGACGAGACGAAGAGGAGGAAGCAAUGUUGGCAAUAUGAGCAGCGGCGUGACAUCCGCGCCCGGCGGGCCCGGGACGUUGUUUACGCGCGGGUCGAACAACGUCAGCUCCCUCGUGAGACUGGCGCUGUCAUCAAAUUUUCCAGCUGCAGAAAUGUUGGCAGACCUGCUUGGUGACAUUGCUGUAGGAAAUGAAACUACGUCGCAGCUCGGGAACCACCAGACGCCUGGAGGCUUCUUGAGCACGGCACAGAGCUACCCUAGCCUCACCCCAAGCACGACUACGGCCGGCGGGACGAGCGCAGCCAGCGGAGGCCUGGCAGUCAGCCUCACGUCCAUGUCGAGCGAGAGCGAGCAGGACUUCCUGGAGACCUGUCGCGCGAGCACCCUGAUGGCGGACCUGGAAGACGACGACGACCUCCCGGACGACGAGGACAAUGAAGAUGAUGAGGAUAACGAAGACGACGACUACGAGGACGUUGUGGAGGACGAUGCGCAGGAGCUCCGCAACGGAGGCAGCAGUAGCACGAGCGGCAAGAGGCGCAGCUGGGACGACGAGUACGUGUUGAAGCGGCAGUUCUCGGCACUGAUCCCAGCGUUUGACCCCCGGCCGGGACGCACCAACGUGAACCAGACAUCGGAUCUGGAGAUUCCUCCGCCAGGUUCCGACGAGUCAAAUGCUGAAGAAGUGAGAGAAUUGACUCCUCAACCAAGGUUGCAGCUGACGCUGAAGGGCCCCAACCUGCCAGGAAUUCCCGAUCUAGAAGUGGACCUGGUGGACCCUGAAUGGACGAUCUUCCGAGCCGUGCAGCACUUGGUCCAGUCCUCGGACCUGGGCUCCAAGCAGGACAAGAUCCGACGGAUAUGGGAGCCCAUGUACAUAAUCAUCUACAAAGCUGCCAAAGACGAAAUUCCAACCUCGCGCGAGACUGGGUCAUAUGAGAUGUGUACCCGAACGCCAGUAGCGCGUCCCGCAGCCGGAGGGUCGGCCGCAGGAGGCCGUGGCUCGUGGGAGGCCACGCCCGCGAGCACGACGUCGGAGGUCAACGGAGGGUGUUCGGUGGAGGACGUCCUCCAGCUGCUGCGUCUGCUCAGUACGCACCGCAGGAGUCGUGGCAACCACGGUUCUAUAGGCAUAGAAGAUGCGGCACCGACCGGAACAAACGACGACUUCCUUAGCAAGAAAAUCACAAACAAAUUAGUACAACAAGUACAGGACCCUCUUGUCCUGUCAUCCGGAUCCCAGCCCGAGUGGUGCGAACACCUCACCUACACCUGCCCCAUGCUUUUCCCCUUUGAGACACGCCAACUGUACUUCUCCUGCACUGCCUUCGGUGCUUCACGGUCCAUAGUAUGGCUGCAGAACCAGCGGGAGGCAUCCGCAGACAGGCACCGCGGUCCCUCCCCACGUCGGGACGACCCGCACGAGUUCAGGGUUGGCCGACUAAAACACGAGAGGGUGAAAGUUCCUCGGGGCGACCGUCUGCUUGACUGGGCGCUGCAGGUGAUGAAAGUCCACGCGCAGCGCAAGACCGUUCUCGAGGUGGAGUUUCAAAACGAAGAAGGAACAGGCCUGGGUCCAACGCUGGAGUUUUAUACCCUGGUUGCUGAAGAGUUGCAGCGCAGAGACCUAGGCAUGUGGCUCUGCGAAGACAUUCCUACAACAAAUGACAAGAAGCCGUCUGUCGUCGAGUGCGGAGGAGAGUCGUCGAAACCCGCCGGCUAUUACAUCCACACCCCGUACGGGCUGUUCCCCGCACCCUUGCCGCAGGACUCCGCAGUGUGCGCCCGUGUGUCGAACCUCUUCCAUUUCCUCGGCGUCUUCCUCGCCAAAGCCCUGCAGGACUCUCGGCUCGUCGACCUCCCGCUGUCUCGGCCGUUCCUCAGGUUGCUGUGUCAGGGACCGCGUUCGACCGCGGCCAAGGAGCAGACAAUCAACCAGAUGAAUUCGUCAAUGACGCGGGAAGAGGGGUUCAUGGUCGGACAGGACGACUCUCAGCCUCACCGCAAGGCCUCGCCGCCGUCGCCUCCGGCGUGGUUCAGCGGUAUCCUCACCAACGAAGAUUUCAUGGAGGUAAACCCACAUCAAGCGAGGUUCCUGCAGCAGCUGCGCGAGCUCUCCGCGCAGAAGCAGCGCAUAGCCGGAGACAACUCCCUCAGUCAGGAGGACCGUCUGCGGCAGCUGCAUAACCUCACGUUUCCACCGCACGACGACACCGUGCUGCCUGCACGAAUGGAAGACCUCGGGUUGACGUUCCAGUUCUGCCCGUCAUCGAAGGUGUACGGCUUCAGUGCCGUAGACCUCAAGCCCGGCGGCGAACACGAAGAGGUGAAUCUGGAGAACAUGGAAGAGUACACGGAGCUGUUGGCAGAUUUCUGUCUCCACUCUGGGAUCCGUAAACAAAUGGAGGCCUUCCGAAGCGGUUUUUGCAAAGUGUUCCCCAUGGAAAAACUGGGGGCCUUCACUCCGGAAGAAGUCCGUCUUAUGCUGUGCGGAGAACAGAAUCCGGUGUGGACGAGGGAGGACAUCCUGACCUACACUGAUCCCAAGUUGGGCUAUUCGAGAGACAGCCCCGGCUUCCAGCGCUUCGUCAACGUCCUGGUCGGCAUGUCCGGUCCAGAGUGCAAAUCAUUCCUGCAGUUCGCCACGGGUUGCUCUUCCCUCCCUCCUGGCGGGCUGGCCAACCUCCACCCACGGCUCACUGUGGUCCGCAAAGUGGACGCUUCCGACGGAUCGUUCCCCUCCGUCAACACCUGUGCCCACUACCUCAAGUUGCCAGACUAUUCAAGUGAGGCGGUUCUGCGGGAACGUCUUCUCGCCGCCACUCGAGAAAAGGGCUUCCACCUCAACUGAGCCGCCGGGUGCGUCUGUCGGUGCCUGGUGUGCCAACUCAUUAUUAUUAACUGCAUUUUUUUUCGGGCGAAAAUGUUACACGAGUUCCGAAAUGUCGUCUGAGAUACAAUUUUAGAAGAGUGUACGAAACAUUAUCUAGCUUCACUUUUUUUUUUUUUUCUCCAUAAAUUUUUUCCUCCCGCUUACCGUUGCCGGUACGAAACACGGUACGUCGGCGUUUCGACGGCAGGUACAGAUGAGUCGCGGAAGCAGGAAAGGGUAUCCAAACCGUGCUCCAUUUGCAGCUUUUCCUAUCCCUUGCUUUGUCACGGAGCCCAUAACAGUGUGUCGGAGAGACGGUGAGUUGGCGAGUGGCCAAACCAGAAGUCGGACAGCUCAUGGUUGCCGAUUUGAGUCCUGUAUUGUGUGCGCCACGACAAUGAUUACGAUGGUGAAGACCAAGCGUGUCUGUGUGUGUGUGCGUUUGUGUGUGUUUGUACUGCGAUGAAAUGACUUUGUUCUUUGGGUCUUCCCACGGAUUUCUGCGGAAGUGGUGCGUACAGGCUUUGGAUACGGAUUUUGGAGUGUGAUACCGGAUAUUAUGUGUGUGUAAAGGUGUGUUGCUGCUGCUUAGAAGCUGGAUUUCUUCUUUGAGGGAUUAGAAACUGCGUGCCUGAAGGGACGGGGUUAGUCAGCGCUGGCAUUGGCGGGUGGGGGCUUUUUUUUUCCCACUCUUUCCGCUAAAAACAUCGCCUGUCCUUGCAGUUGCAGUUAUCGAGUAAAAGAACUUAUGUCUCAGUCCACUACGUGCCGCACUAGUUCGAGUACCGGGAGUACUGUACCGAGUACUGUACCGGGAGAAAGGUUGCCGCACGCGCCCGUCGACAAGCAUGCCUAUCGCGGAAGAUGAGGCAACGUCAGCGCUGCCAUUCUUGCAAUGCAAACUUCGAGUAGGCUGUGUAUAAAUCUAGAUAGGACUAUUCAGUAAUUUUUCCUCUGUUCCCUUACUGUGUGCAGAAAGUCAGGUGUCGAAUAUUUUUGAGCACAGACCCCCAACAACAAUAACAACCGGCUUUUUUGUGGGGGGGAAAAAAGAAAAUACUUGUUUCGUGAUUAUGUCGGACCCCCUUUCGCAUGUGACGAUUACUUCGGAGUAUGAAUGUUUUGAGUGUGUGUUACGGCAGACUCUUGGUUUACAGCACAGGGGUACCUGCUCCCGUGUGCGAAGUGCCUCCGGAAUGAAAUAUCAUCUUAGGUUGUUCUAACGCUUCUCUAUUAUUUUUUUUCCUUUCAUUUUUUUUUUUUUUUAUGGGUGAUGGGAGACCACAAAGCACAUUCUUGUACAUGUAUAUACGUUAAGAAAGAAAAACACCGGUAUAUAAUACAAUUAUAUAUACAUAUAUAUAUUACCGCAGAAAAAAAAGAGCUUUGAUAUAUAUAUAUAUAUUCUAUAUAAGAGAGCGCUGCAUGGUGCAUUUGGUCUCCCUGCACGUUCCGGGUAUGUCUUUUUUUUUUCUUCCCCUACGUGUUAGGUGAUGUUUUUGACCCUCCCACGCAGCAAGGUUUUGUGCUGCUGCUGCUGCAUUAUUUAUAACGAGAGAUAAAAGCCUUUCUUGUGAGGGCCGUAACUGUGAUGUGCUAAGAGCAGAUUAAUAAAAUGUUCCAAGUCCA